AUGGGUCGAGAAGUGGAAAACCUCAUCAAGGAAAACAUGGAAUUGCUUGAUAUGAAAAAUGCUUUGAAUAUUGUCAAGAAUGAUCUCAUUGCUCGAGUUGACGAAUUGAGCAGUGAAAAUGCUAUCCUUCGUGAUGAGGUGCAUAGUUUCGAAAUGGUACGGGUAAAAAUGGGUGAUAACAUAGCAAAACUCGAGGAAGAAUUGAAAACAGUCAAGCAAAAGUUGGCCGAAAAGGAGGCUGAGGAAGAAGAAGAGGUUCCGCUGGCUCAGAGAAAGAGGUUCACUCGAAUGGAGAUGCAGAGGGUACUCAUUGAUAGGAAUAUGUAUAAGGAAAAGCUCAUGGAACUCGAAGAAUCUUUAAAAUGGACCGAGAUGCAACGAGCACGGAAACUGCAAGCGCAGUCGUCUGCUCCAAAGAAGGGUGGAAUUUGGGACUUGUGA